AUGUCUGCCCCGAUCAUUGCGUGGACGGAUUCUAGUGUAACUCUACACUGGAUCCGCGGCCAUGCAUCUCAAUGGAAACCCUUCGUCGCCCAUCGAGUCUCCGAUAUCCAGGACGCGAUACCGACGGACAACUGGCGGCACAUCCGUUCUUCAGACAAUCCAGCGGACUUGGCAACCCGAGGAAUGAGCCCAGCCGAGCUCAUCGACUCCGAUUUGUGGUGGCACGGGCCGAAAUGGCUGACUGACCAGCCUGAAUUCUGGCCGGCGAUCUUUCCGGAGUCCAACGAGGGUAUAGAGGCAGAGAGAAGAGGAGCCAUGACACACGUCGUUGAAGGGAAACCUGAAGAAGACUUCCUGUCGCGCUUCUCCUCCCUCUCGCGCCUUUUAUCUGUUAUUGCUCAGUGUUUCAGGUUUGCCAGUCUAAGCCGAGGGCAGCCUUCCGAGAGGGGUUUUGUUAAAGCAGCGGAGCGCAAUCACGCCUUCCGAGCAGUUUUGAGAUUCUCCCAACACACCACUUUCCUGGAGGAGAUUGAACAACUGCAACGGCAUGGCGAGCUACGCAAAGCUUCACCCCUUUCUUCGUGUCGACCUUUCUUGGACGACCAGGGCUUAUUGAGGCUAGGAGGGCGCUUAGAAAACGCGGCUCUGCCGUUCAAUGAAAAUCACCCUUACCUUGUGGCGAAGAGAUGUCCGUUGGCCAAGCUUCUGGUACGAGACGCACAUCACCGCACGCUGCAUGGAGGUCCACAGCUCACCCGCAGUUAUUUAAUGCGGAGAGUCUGGAUCGUUCGAGGCCGCUCCUUGGUUCGAUCCGAAAUCGCAGCCUGCGUAACGUGCGCCCGGCUCAGCGGACGUAGAGCUGGACAACUGAUGGGACAGCUUCCACAGGAGCGCACUGCAGCACAAAGAGCCUUUCUAACAACCGGCGUAGAUUAUGCGGGCCCGAUUAAGCUACGUACCUCGCCGGGGCGUGGCCACAAAGCUUACAAGGGCUACAUUGCCCUCUUCGUGUGCCUAUCUACCAUGGCAAUACAUUUGGAAGCGGUGUCGGACCUAACCUCAGCUUCCUUUCUAGCAGCCUUCCGUCGAUUUGUGGGCAGGCGAGGACGUUGUGCCACCCUGUUUAGCGACAAUGGCACUGUAUUCCAGGAAGCUGACAGAGAGCUACGCACUAUGUUCCGCUAG